GACAAUACGAGAUUUGGAGCCUCUCUUAGCCUUGUAAAUUUCCCGGCAAGACAGAGAAUCCAUUUCCACAAUCACAAAGGGCGCCAUAAUUUAGACUUGUCUUCUUCCACACUCAGUCAAUUGGGUCCCCCACUGGACUUUUCUUCUUCGACUCCAACGAGCAGCUCCCUCCGACUUCCACUGUUUUAGAUAGUAGAGCUCCGUUUUCCUCACUUUGGGAAUUCAUCGCUCGCAGCCCCCUUGUUGUUUAUCUGGCUGCUAAGCCCACUCUGUAAGUGUAACCAUUACCUUUUCAAUGAGUUUUCUUCUGGGAACCCAAAGCUGUUGGCUUGAUUGGGAGUCCGAGUCCGACCCGUUGCCCACCGACUUCCUCGCCAUCCCCCUUUUCGCCGUCUUCUUUCCCUUGAUCAGGCUUUUCCUCGACAGAUAUGUUUUCCAGAAAUUGGCUGGACGGUUGAUUUUGGGCAAAGGGUAUCCUAGUAUUCAUCUUGUGACACGUGAGGAAAGGAAGACCAUAACAAAGUUCAAAGAAUCAGCCUGGAAGCUUGUUUAUUUCCUUUCAUCGGAGCUAUUGGCUCUCUACGUUUCUCAUAAUGAGCCUUGGUUCACUAAUACCAACUACUUCUGGAAAGGACCUGGAGAUCAAGUUUGGCCCGACCUCAAAGUCGAAUUGAAACUUAAGGCUUUGUACAUGUACGGUGGUGGAUUCUACGUCUACUCCACAUUUGCAUUGUUGUUCUGGGAAACAAGAAGAUCGGACUUUUCGGUUUCCAUGGGUCAUCAUCUGGCAACACUUGCUCUCCUUGUGCUGUCGUACAUGGCUAGGUUUGCUCGUGUUGGUGCAGUUGUGCUUGCAAUACAUGAUGCCACUGAUAUGUUCCUGGAAGCUGCAAAAAUGUCAAGAUACAGUGGAUUUGAAUCGCUUUCCAGCAUUUUCUUUGCUUCAUUCGUCGUGGUUUGGACCAUGCUCCGAAUUAUCUGCUUCCCACUCUGGAUACUGAGAAGUACAAGCUCUGAAGUCGUAGCCAGUCUGGACAUGGAGAAGCAUGCUGUGGAAGGGCCUGUAUAUUACUAUAUGUUCAAUACUCUUCUGAUCUGCUUGCUCAUUGUCAACAUAUACUGGUGGAAGCUGAUGAUCGUUAUGGUGAUCGAUCAAAUCAAGGCCAGAGGCAAGCUUGGCGACGAUAUUCGAUCAGAUUCUGAAGGUGAAGACGACCAUGUUGACUGACAGCAUUACUCUCAUAAUGUGGAUAGAUCAGAGGAGCACCAUACUUUUUUGUGAAUGCUAAGGUGAUGCCUAAAAUAAAAAUAGUUGAUUUUUUUUUUUGAUAGAGUAAUAGGGGAAAGGGAAAUGUAGCUAUAGCAUUUAGACGUCUCAUGUUUGUGUUCUAUAUAUUCUACCGUUCAAUGACAUAUCCAUUUGCGUAGAAUGAUCCCUGUUUGUAAAUUUUACACAAGUGCAUAUUCGACAUGUAUCCUAAAGUUUUGACGGGGGAUGGGAGUGCAUCCCUCUAUAGUAAUUAUUGCACCAUGGAAAAGGAACUGCAAGUGUUGCGUUGAAUAGAUUACAGAAGAAACUCUUAUUAAGAAAAAAAUACGGAAGAAACUCUUAUUAAGAAAAAAAUUACACAAGG